AUGUAUGUCGUGACUCCCCUCGGAGCCAGGUUCAUGGAAACGAACGCCAAGGACUCUGGAAAGCUUGUUUUUACCCCUUACGAAAGUGGAAUGUACAAGAUCUGUGUGGAGCUAUCUCGCAAGCUUCCAGACGAGUUCUGGGAAUAUGGCAACCCUCUGAGAUUCUACUUCACCGUGGAACAUGGCAUCCAGCAAGUGAACACGACGAAACUCGCGAAAGUGGAAGACAUCAACGAGGUGGAUAAAACGAUCAACUCGCUGGUCACGGUGCUGAAGGAGAUGACGCAGGAGCUGAAGUAUCAGAAUGCGAAGGAAAAAGAAAUGCGAGACGAAGACGAUAGCGAUAACCGAAUGAUUUUUGUGUGGAGUAUGUUGGAGGCGUUGGUGAUGGUGGUCGUGGCGAUUGUGCAGGUCCGGUCGAUUCGAAGCUAUUUGAAGCAGAAGAUGAUUAUUAUGUAA